AUGAAUUUCGUUGCAUCGGUAUCUUCUGAAAUUGAUGAAUACUACCCAGAAGAAAGAGAAGCACUAUUGAAGCUGAGAGAUUCUCUAAGCUCAAACUCAGAUUUGCACGGGAAUUGGACUGGUCCUCCAUGUAUCAAUAACAGCAGCAGAUGGGCUGGCAUUGCUUGUUCAAAUUGGCAUGUUGUUCACAUUGUCCUGCAAGGAAUUCAGCUAGCAGGUUCCCUUCCACCUUGUGCAUUUCUACAUAACAUAACUUUCUUGAGCAAACUUAGCCUUAGAAACAACACACUCUCCGGCCCUCUUCCAAACCUCACAAACCUUGUCUACUUGGAAUAUGUGGUUUUGUCCUACAACCGCUUCUGGGGUUCAAUUCCAUUGGAGUAUAUUGAAUUGCCUAACCUGAGAGUGAUAGAGUUGCAGAGCAAUUAUUUAGAUGGACACAUUCCACCUUUUGACCAACCCACCUUGAGAGCAUUUAAUGUUUCUUAUAAUCAUCUUGAGGGUCCGAUUCCACAAACUGCUGUGUUACAGAAGUUCCCCAAAAGCUCCUACGAUCAUAACUCAAAUCUUUGUGGGAGUCCUUCGGAAACAUCAUGUCCACCCCCACCUCCAGUAGUCAUUGCGCCAUCUCCUUCACCCCUUUCCCCGAAUAUUCCACCCAAGAAGAAGAACAAUCUCCAAGCAUGGAGUUUUGCUUUGAUCGUGGCUGCUUCAGCGCUGGUUCUGUUUCUCGUCAUAUUUGUUUCCUUAUGUUAUUCCAGGAAGGUGCAUAGAAAACAAGCAGCAAAGGAGGAACAACAGACAGGAGAUGGUACUUCAGGGUGGGCACAAACGAAAAUGCCUCAUUUGCAGAGCUUGGGGGAUCCUGAAAAGAGGGUUGAGUUGGAUUUUUUUGACAAGGAAAUGCCAGCAGCUUUUGACCUGGAUGAUUUACUAAGGGCAUCUGCACAAGUGUUGGGCAAGGGGAAACUAGGCACUACAUACAAAGUAACACUGGAAUCGGGUCCUGUUGUGGUGGUGAAGAGACUUAAAAACAUGAAUGAGUUGAGCAAAAAGGAAUUUACCCAACAGAUGCAAUUGCUAGGGAAUAUGAGGCAUGAAAACCUUGUACAGAUUCUCUCUUUCUACUAUUCCAAGGAGGAGAAGCUGGUCAUCUCUAAGUUUGAGUCUAGUGGCACUUUGUUUGAACUUUUACAUGAGAACAGAGGAGUUGGAAGAGUACCUUUGGAUUGGGCAACAAGACUAUCAAUAAUCAAAGACAUAGCAAAGGGUCUCACAUUCCUUCACCAAUCCUUGCCUUCACAUAAGGUCCCUCAUGCCAACCUGAAAUCGUCUAAUGUACUAGUCAUCCAGCGAAACAGCCAAAACUACCAUUUGAAGCUUACAGAUUUCGGAUUCUUACCACUUGUGCCCUCUCGAAAGUACAAUGAAGAUCUAGCCAUCGGCAAGUCACCCGAGUUUGCUCAAGGGAAGAAGUUGUCACAGAAAUCCGAUGUCUAUUGCUUUGGUAUAAUCCUAUUGGAGGUCAUUACUGGCAGGAUCCCAGGUGAAAUCUCACCGGGAAAUGAUGAAACGAUGGAUGAUCUUUCUGAUUGGGUUAGAAUGGUGGUGAACAAUGACUGGUCCAUAGAUAUUCUGGAUGUAGAGAUACUGGCAGCAAAGGAAGACCAUGAUGAGAUGCUGAAGCUCACCAAGAUUGCACUAGACUGUACAGACUUGACACCGGAGAAGCGGCCAAAAAUGAUUCAAGUGUUGACAAGAAUAGAAGAGAUUGACUGA